AUGAAACUAUUCGUCCUGUUCUCCCUCGCCAGUUCGCUUCAUGCAGCAGUCGCGGCACCUUCAGCGGAGAAGCAUUCUCAAAAGAAAUUUGACUUUUCUAAGAUUCACAAAAUCGUUUCUUUUGGUGAUUCAUGGACGGACACUCGAUUCAAUACCUCUGGGACCCAGCCUUCCAUCUCCAAUCCGUUCGGAAAUACCGGAAAGACAAGCUCCAAUGGCAACAUGUGGCCAAUGUACCUGACUACACAGUGUAAUCAGUCAUCCGUAUUGUUAUAUAACAUGGCUGUCGGCGGUGCUGUCACUGAUGUCAACGUCGUCAAGACUGGACCCAACGACGUGGUUACUCAGGUCAACAGAUUUGACGCCUACUUACAACAGCUAGGGCCAAAAUUCUUUUCACCAAAGCAUACGCUAUAUACAGUAUUCAUCGGCAUCAACGAUAUAUACCGCACCAUCAAUGACGCUGACCAGAAUGAGACGGUCAUCAAGAUCAUGGAGCGCCUAGACGAGCUUACAACUGAACUACACGGCCACGGCGCCCGCCAAUUCCUCUUCAUCUCGACGCCGCCGCAGUCUCUUUUCCCGAAUAACGUGCCUAAGUCCAUCGCUCCAACUCUCAAGGCAGCGUCUCAAAACUGGAACAAACAGCUCCAGCAACUCUUGAGACAGCUUGACCGCAAGUUGUCCCACAGCACCUUUUUCUUGUUUGACAUUGUCCCGUUGAUCACUGCUGUUACUGAGGAUCCUUCUCAGUUCCCUGAGACCGCGGUGUACAAGAGUACGGGAUUCUGCGCAGACUACAAGGCUGGCACGACUACGCCAGACUUUAAGUCUGACAACUGUGAAUACAACGCGUCGGGGUACAUGUACAUCGACGGUGCUCAUCCAACACAAGCGUUUCACCAAAUCUUGGCUAAGAAGAUCGCUGAACAAUUGGUUGCUGGCCGAACCAUUGACCGGCCUUGA